UCCCCACCAUGGCCGCCUUCCUCCUCCUCCUCCUCCUCCUCCUCCCUCCCCCGGCCCCGGCUCUGUCCGAAGGCCCCGGAUGCCGCCUGCGCUGGGUGCCGCUGGUGCCGGGGGUCCCGGGGUGCCGGGGGGGGGCCGCCGGUGCCUGCGUGGGGCACUGCGAGUCCAGCGCCGUCCCCUCCCCCGGCGCCGUGCUGGCCGCCAGCCGACACCUCCAGACCUCCAGGGGGCGCUGCUGCACCAUGGCCCGCGCGCACAAGGUCCUGGUGACCCUGCGCUGUCCCGGCCGCUCCCGCCGCCGCCUGCAGACGGUGUCGGCCCGCUCCUGCCGCUGCGACAUGUGCCGCCAGGCCCGGUACUGACCCCGGGGCACC